AAAAUGUACGGCUGAAAGACCUGUCUGCUCGUAUUGUAAACGUCUUGGAGAUCGAUGUCAUUAUCUACCAAGAGGCCGGCCUGGGUCUGACGGUGGAAGGCCGCGACGAAGAGCAGCCCGGAAACCUAUAUGGAAUACAUCGGCGCGUGCAGCAAUUAAUUCCAAUGACCUAAUAAGCUAUGCUAAUCAUGCAGUGGACUCCGAAAAUCAAAGAUGCGCAGAUCAACCCUCUCAGGCUAUAGACCUUUUGUCUAUGCAACAGACUUUUGAUAUAUUUUCUACCGCAAGACCCGAUCCGAGCUUGCCAGUCAUUAGUCAUUUUAUUGAUAUCUAUAAGAAGAAGAUCCACCUCCAACCCUUACCAGUAUUUGUCGAACCAGACCUUGCUGUAAAACUAAACACAGCACCUCGAUAUCUUCUCUGGAGCUUCAUGUCUCUCAUGUUGAACUUUUCUACUCACAAUUUUUUUAACGGCCAGGAAUCAACUGCAGCUGAGUUCUACUCACGCGAAGCUGAGCAGACUGUCAUGGAAGAGUCCUCCGAGGGGGUACCAGCGAUAGAACUAGUACAGGCUCUAUGCUUAAUAGCUUUGAAGCAUCUCAAGACCCAAAAGCUCAACCGUGCUUGGAUGACGACGGGGACUGCCUCAAGAAUAGAGGCCCUACGGCUUCUCUCCUACGAAUGUCUAUCUACACCCAGGGACCAUGCACAGACUCGAUCCUACUGGCUUGUACAUGCUCUCGAAUGCCUUUUUGUACCAAUUAAAACCACUACGUCUGAUUUUCAAGUUCCAGACUAUCCCGACUUGACUCUGAUACCACCUCUGCCUGACUCUUCUGGUACAGAAGAAGCUGCCCAGGAUACCGUACAUGUGACUGGCUCAUCUACCACUGAGAUCGAUAGAGUCGGCAUUAUCGCACACAGUUUGCGCAUCAUCGACAUAUGGGGAGAACUCACAUCCUAUUUGCACACUCUUCGACAGGGCAAAACUGAAAAGCCUUGGUCGCCUGACUCAAUACAUAUGAGAAUAAAUCUUGAGCUGAUCGACUUUGAAGCCAAGAGCCCUAAAAAGCUCUUUCUUUGCAAUGCAUACCUCUCUAGGCGAACCAGAGAUGAAGUUUCUCGAUAUCCCGAGUUUUGGAACCGCUUUAUGGUAGGCCAGCUGAUGUGGCACGCCACCCACGCCAUUCUCAACCACCCUUUUAUCCAUCUAUCUCUCCUGGCCUCUCAAGGUAGCAUCCCUCCAUCAUGCUUCUUCAUGCAACAAAGGAUUGAUAUGGCGAUUUAUCAUUCCAACUGGACAUUUCGACUACUCGAAAUGUUCGAUAACCUAAUGGACAUAGUUGAUCCGAUGAUUGCGAACGCAAUGGCCGGUACUGCGACGGUCUCCUGGUUGUUUCAAUUCUCCAAGGACCAGGAGAUCGCUCAAAAGGCGCAGAAUAACUUAAACAAAUGUGAAGAAUUCUUGUGCCAAGUAGCUCAGACCUGGCCGCACAUUUCACAGAAGAUUGAUGCUCUACGAAAGCUCCAGGCACUUGCUAGGGAGAACUACCGGCAAUGCUCAAGCCAAGGCACAACAAUCAGCUUUCAAUCUGCAUGGUUUUGGGACCUCCUUUCGCCCAGGCCUUCGUUCGGGGCGAAUGAGGCUCGUGCACCUGGCUUGAGAGGUGAGACCAAGUCCGAGAUUAGUCUCAAGAACCAUUUUGUUUUGCCUCUGCAUGAUGGUUUAGGCUCUGAGCCAGGCAAUCCCCUUGUUGGGUUGGCUGUAGAUCCGUUUUUGGUCAUGCCUGGAGAGCUGGAGCUGUUCAAUAUUGACUCAUUGUCCCAUGAUUUUUUCCAGAGCGGACUUUGGGACCCAAUCUGAUGAGGGCAGCAUUCAUUUUGGCCCAGUCUCACAUGGCCGAGAUUGGUGUGCCAAAGGCAGUGGGUACGGAGCUGCAGAGCUCAACUUUGGUUGGCUCAAUCGUGACUAUAAUAUGGGUACGGAGGCUGACUUAGACUUAUUCGGUUAGCUCGCGACGUAUACAGGAACAUGCGGCGGGUACGGAGUCGCUGGGUAUUCCCUAACUGGACGUGCUAAAGUGAGAUUGAGGGCUUCAGCCUCCGAAAUCUUCGUUCUGGAGAGAUAUAAAAUCAUUUCGUAUGGUAG